GUGUAUGACGAGGAUGCUGCUGGGGUUUGUGGUGGUUGGAGUGUUGGCUGGAAUUUGUGCUGCUCAGUUUAAUCCUAAUGUGCUGUGUGAUAGGACAAGUAUUGUCCACUUGUUUGAGUGGCGGUGGGAGGACAUUGCUGCAGAAUGUGAGCGGUAUCUAGGACCUAAUGGAUUCGGGGGUGUUCAGAUCUCUCCUCCUAAUGAGAAUGUAAUUGUCAAAAACCCUGACAGACCAUGGUGGGAAAGAUACCAACCAGCCAGCUAUAAGAUCUGUACUCGCUCUGGAGAUGAACAUCAAUUUAGAGACAUGGUCACCAGAUGCAACAAUGUGGGGGUUUAUAUCUAUGUUGAUGCUGUUAUAAACCAUAUGUGUGGAGCUGGAGCUGGAAAGGGAAAUGUAUCAACUUGUGGCAGUCCAUAUGAUACAAUUAAAAGGGAAUUCCCAGCUGUACCUUACAGUAGUGUGGAUUUUAAUGAUAAAAAAUGUAAAACUGAGAGUGGUGGCAUUGAAAACUAUGGGGAUGCUAAUCAGGUGAGAGACUGUCAGCUGGUGAGUCUCCUGGACCUAGCACUGGAAAAAGAAUAUGUUCAAUCGAAGAUUGCGGAUUAUUUGAAUGUUCUUAUUGACAUUGGAGUAGCUGGCUUCAGGGUGGAUGCAGCUAAGCAUAUGUGGCCUGGAGAUAUUCUGGCAGUUAACAGGAAACUGAACGACUUGAACACUAGAUGGUUCCACAAUGGCACACAGCCUUUUAUCUACCAGGAAGUAAUUGAUCUGGGUGGAGAAGCUCUUUCUGUAAAUGAAUACAUUGGCAUUGGACGUGUCACAGAGUUCAAAUACGGGGCCAAACUUGGAAAUGUCAUCCGCAAAUUGAAUGGAGAAAAGAUGUCUUAUUUGAAGAACUGGGGAGAAGGCUGGGGAUUCAUGCAGAGUGACAGAGCCUUGGUGUUUGUUGAUAACCAUGACAACCAGAGAGGACAUGGUGCUGGAGGAGCCUCCAUACUUACCUUCUGGGAUGCUCGCUUACACAAAAUGGCAGUUGGGUUCAUGUUGGCACAUCCUUAUGGAUUUACACAAAUCAUGUCAAGUUUUCGCUGGCCAAGGAACUUUGUAAAUGGAAAGGAUGUUAAUGAUUGGGUUGGACCUCCAAGCUACAAUAAUGGGUCAACCAUGGCUGUCACAAUUAAUGAAGAUACAACUUGUGGCAGUGGCUGGGUUUGUGAACACAGGUGGCGUCAGAUAAAGAACAUGGUCAUCUUCCGUAAUGUUGUUAAUGGUCAAGCUCUUAUUAACUGGUGGGAUAAUGGAAACAAUCAAAUUGCUUUUGGACGUGGAAGAGCUGGCUUUAUUGUGUUCAACAAUGACAAUUGGGAUAUGGACGUUACUCUUUACACUGGACUUUCACCUGGCAAAUACUGUGACAUCAUUUCUGGUCAGAAAGAAGGUAACGUUUGCACUGGUAAACAGAUCAGUGUAAGCGAGAACAGUUUGGCCAAUUUUGUAAUUAAAAGUUCAGAUGAAGAUCCAUUUGUUGCCAUUCAUGUCAAUGCCAAGCUAUAGAA